CGCGGACGGUCGCGCGCAGCUGAACCCAGGCACGCAGUUGGGCCUCACCAGUGCGCAGGGCUGGUCUGAAUCUCAUGGAGUUGAGCUUCGCGGGGCGCCGGGCGCUCGUCACUGGGGCGGGCAAAGGCAUCGGGCGCAGCACUGUCCAGGCGCUGCACGCGGCGGGUGCACAAGUGGUGGCUGUGAGCCGGACCCAGGCCGACCUGGACAGCCUGGUCCGCGAGUGCCCUGGGGUAGAGCCCGUGUGUGUGGACCUGGGUGACUGGGAGGCCACGGAGCGAGCGCUGGGCGGCGUGGGCCCUGUGGAUCUGCUGGUGAACAAUGCUGCCGUGGCGCUGCUGCAGCCCUUCCUGGAGGUCACCAAGGAGGCGUGUGACACGUCUUUCGACGUGAACCUUCGGGCUGUCAUCCAGGUGUCCCAGAUCGUGGCCCGAGGCUUAAUAGCUCGGGGAGCCCCGGGGUCCAUCGUGAAUGUCUCCAGCCAGGCCUCCCAGCGCGCAGUGACUAACCACAGCGUCUACUGCUCCACCAAGGGUGCCUUGGACAUGCUGACCAAGGUGAUGGCUCUGGAGCUUGGGCCACACCAGAUCCGUGUGAAUGCACUCAACCCCACAGUGGUGAUGACACCCAUGGGCCAGGCCAACUGGAGCGACCCCCAGAAGGCCAAGACCAUGCUGGAUCGCAUCCCGCUUGGCAGGUUUGCCGAGGUGGAGAACGUGGUAGACACCAUCCUCUUCCUGCUGAGUGACCGCAGCAGCAUGACCACGGGCUCCACUGUGCCGGUGGAUGGAGGCUUCCUGGCUACCUGAGCCCCUCCGCCCACACACACCCGUGUUCCAUGCUGAGCCCACUUUUACCCCCACCCCCCUUCCCCAUCCCUCCAAUAAACAUGAUUCUUCUGCCCA